UUCCCGGCGAGCGCCGCGAACCACUUCCGCAAACCUCCGGUCGAUCAAAGACUCGUCUCCGCCAGGAUAUAGAAAGGAGCUUCUCUUUUCGUAAAAAACGCAAAAACAACGUACAGGGAAACAUGUUUAGGAAGUGACGGGUGACAGAUGGAGGGAAAAGGCCCGUAUCGCAUCUAUGACCCCGGUGGGAGCGAUUGCCAGGUUAAAGACGAGGCCAGCAGCCUCAGCUACAGACAGCUGCUAGAGGAAAACACCGUUUUGAGGGAGAGAAUGAAAGGGCUGAAAAGUUUAGGAGACCUGUUAGAGGAGUCUCAGGCUGAAGCAGCCAAGCUUCGGAAGAGGGUGGAGGAGCUGGUGAGGGAUAACGAAGUGCUGAAGUCCUCUGCCACCAGUUUUGCCUCCAGUCUGUGUAUGGGCACUCCUGUACAAACUGAGACGCAAGGCCAUGGAAAACGUCACGGUCAUCCUACAACAGAAAGACAAGAGUCUCGGGAUUGUUUGACUGGGAAUACUUUACAGCCAGAGGCAACGGAAGGUUCAUCAGAGUUUGAGGUGGUGAACAUGGAAGAAAAGACUGCCCCUGAAACACAAACGGCUGCAGGGCUUCACCUGCCACAGGAGAAUUUGGAGCUGGCGAGUCAACUCCGCCGCCUGGAGAGCUCCUUCAGUGUGUUUGCUGAAGAAUCCAAUCCCAACCAGUUGCUCGCUCACCUGGGCCGCAUGGCUGUGGAGUUUCACCAUUUAUCCUCCAAAGUCCAGAAGAACGAACAGAGGACAUCUCUCCUACAGACGCUCUGCGAACAGCUAAGACAGGAAAACAGCGAGCUUAGGAAAAAGAUGGAGGACGACCUUCACUAUCGCAACCGUGAUCUGGAACAGCUGAGACAGGAGAACCUGAAACUGAAGGAGCAGGUCAGCGGGGCGUCCCACACUGCACAUGUUGAGCAACUGAACCCAAAGGAGGAGCCAGUGAAAGAGGAGGCGGUCAAAACCAAGUUGGAAAUGACCAUGACUCAGCAGUCUGGCAAAGCUGUUGAGAAAACACCAUCUAAGACUUGUGAUCCAGAGAUGUACGAGAAGAAGAUCAAGCUUUUGGAGAAGCAGAGGAAAGAUGUGCUGGAGGUGAACAAACAGUGGGACAUUCAGUGGAAUUCUAUGAAGACACAGUUUGAGCAGAAGAUCACAGACUUACGGCAGCGGCUGGCAGACUCCCAGAAGACUGUGCUGGAGCUGGAAGCAGAGCGUGAACAGAGACAGAGAGACUAUGACAAAAAACUCCUCCUUGCCAAGUCUAAGAUCGACAAUGUGCAGGGCGAGAAGGAGUGCCUCACCUCAGAGACGUGUGAGCUAAAACAAAAAGUGCGUUACCUGCAGGACCAGUUGCUGCCACUUACUAAACAAAGAGAAUAUCAAGAGAAGGAGAUCCAGCGGCUCAACAGGGCAUUAGAGGAAGCUUUGAACCUGCACUCUCCCUCGUCCACACAGCCAGGAAUAAAUCUGGGAGAAGGUGUUGCCAACCUGAGACAGCAGGAGCUGCACACACAGAUCGCUGUACUGAAGGAGCAGGUGAAGAUCUUCGAGGAGGACUUCAGGAAGGAAAGAAGCGAUCGAGAGCGUAUGAAUGAAGAGAAAGAAGACUUGAGGCGGCAGGUGGAGCGGCUGCAGGGUCAAAUGACCAAUCUGACCAAUCAGCUUCAUCAAGCACAGAAUGAGUGUCAGCGAGAGCGAGCUGAGAGGUGUAAACUGGAGAGACUGCAGAUGCAGCAUAAACAGGAGGGACAACAGGAAAGGAGGACGUCUGACCCUACAUCUAAUGCCCCCAAUGGCCCGAUGAGUCCUCCAUACUGUGGGCCAUUUGUGCAGGUGGGCCAUCAGGGUCUGGAGGGGUGGCCUAUUCACUUCCCACCCCGCAUGCCUAACAUCAGCACAGCACCCGGCAGAGACUUCCAACCCGUCAAUCCUGGUUUUCCCUGGCAGUCGUCUUUCCCACAACCACGUGGUUCAAGAGGACAAGCAGACACAGCUAGAGCCCCGCCAGAAACAGCAGAAAUGGGAGCAACUGGAUUUGGCAAAAGGGAGCGUCAGAAUGUUGACCCCGGAAAGCACUAACCACACACUCACUCACUCACUCUCUCCCUCACUCUCUCUCUCUCUCUCUUUCUCUCACUCAGUCUCUCUCUCUCUCUCUCUCUCUCUCUCUCUCUCUCCUAAAUCUCUCUUGGCUUGUAGCAUGAUGCAGUUUUCAUUUCUUCAGUUGGCAUGGUGUGAACUAUUGUUUUUUUUUUGUUUGUUUGUUAGUUUUCCCCCUGCUCUGUACAUAUCUAUAUCUACCACUGAUGAAAAAUGUUGUUUAUAUUAUUCAGUUUUAUAAUCCUGUUUGUGAAACACUGUUCUGGCAAAUUAAGAAUAUAUAUAUAUAUACAUUUAUUAUUUGAGCUUUUUAUGAUUGUUGAGGAUUAUCUGCUUAACGUAUACCUCUAUGCAGGAAUUGAAGUCAGUUAUUUAACGGAUAUUACCAUUGAAUGUUGUUUUUUAUAGCAAUCUACCUAUAGAGUUAUGAUUGAUCUCUAUCAGAAAACAUGUUUAGUGAUUGUCGGAUAUGUUAGAAAUGUGUUUUGGUAUUUGUGUUUGCAAUUAGAGAGAAAGAGAGAGAGAAAAAAACCGUGUCCCUAACCAUAACUCUAUAGGUGAAUUGUACUGGAAAUAGCUAACAGUAGAAUGUGACUGAAUGCACUGCAAAAAUAUGUGUUUCUUACUUAGUUUUGGUCUAGUUUCUGGUCUAAAUAUCAAAAAAUUCUUUAAUCAAGAAGCAUUUUCUUGACAUGCAUUAAAUAUUGUUUGGUUUUCAGCAAUAAUGAGUCAAAAUUGAGUGAGUUUUUCCCUUAAAACAAGCAAAAUAAUCCUUUUUAGCCAUGUUUCCAUUCAAAGAUGCUAAUUAAACUAAUGCACAAUUGGAUUAUUUUGGUUUCAAAGCUCAACUUUCGUUCUUUUAGCGAAUCAAGAUUUGUAAGAAGGGUCAAAAUUAGUUUUUAAUUUAUUCACAUCAACUUUAAUUUACAGCAGUGAAUUUAUCAAUACAUAGAAAGCAUAUUUAAUGCAUGCAAACGUUUAUUUAUAUUGGAGAUUUCUGAUUUCCAUCAUGGUAAACAUGUCAGAUAGCUAUAGAAAUGGAAAUAAAACUACAAACCUUUAUUAUUUUAAUAUUUCAUCUCACCUUUUUAAUCAGAAACAUUCUGAAUGAGGAAAUGGUAAUAACUGUGCAUUAUUUACAGUCAGAUAAUUCAACUUUUAAUGCUAAAUAGUCCUGUUUUUGCUUUGAAAUAAGAUUAUUUUGCUCACCCCGUUGCCAGAUUUGCUUGUUUUAAAGAAAAACACUUCAUUUGGACUCCUCAUUUCUGAAAACAAGACAAUAUUUAAUCUUGCUUUUUUUUAAACCAUAAACAUUCUGAACGGUGAUUUUUAUUUUCUUUGUUCACAUCAACUUAAAUUUACAACAGUGAAUUAUUUUUAUACACUGAAAACAUAUUUAAUGCAAGUAUCUUUAUGUUGGUGCGUUCUGUAAUGCAUGAUAAAUAUGUCAGAUAGCGAUAGAAAAGAAAUUAACUGGGCACAUUCUAAACCUUUAUUACUUUAAUAUUUAAUCUCGCUUUUUUGAACCAUAAACAUUCUGAACUGUGAUUUAUUUUAUUUUUUUACAUUUUUCUUUGUUUACAUCAACUCAAAUUUACAACAGCGUAUUUUUAAUACACUGAAACCAUAUUUAAUGCAAGUAUGUUGGCGCCUUCUGUAAAUCAUGAUAAAUAUGUCAGAUAGCUACAGAAAAUAAACUAACUGGGCACAUUCUAAUGUCAAACCUUUAUUAUUUUAAUAAUUAAUCAUGCUUUUUUUGAACCUUAAACAUUCUGAACAGUGAAAUAGUAAUAAAUGUGCAUUAUUUUCAGUCAGAUAAUUCAACUUUUAAUACAAAAUAGUCAUGUUUUGAAAUAAGAUUAUUUAGCUUACACCGUUGCCAGAUUUGCUUGUUUUAAAGAAAAACACUUCAUUUGGACUCCUCAUUUCUGAAAACAAGACAAUAUUUAAUCUUGCUUUUUUUUAAACCAUAAACAUUCUAAACAGUGAAAUAGUAAUAAAUGUGCAUUAUUUUCAGUCAGAUAAUUAAACUUUUAAUGCAAAAUAGUCCUGUUUUUGCUUUGAAAUAAGAUUAUUUUGCUUACACCGUUGCCAGAUUUGCUUGUUUUAAAGAAAAACGGACUUCAUUUGGACUCCUCAUUUCUGAAAACAAGACAAUAUUUAAUCUUGCUUUUUUUUUUAAACCAUAAACAUUCUGAACGGUGAUUUUUAUUAUUUUUCUGUUCACAAACUUAAAUUUACAACAGUGUAUUUGUUAAUGCACUAAAAAACAUAUUUAAUGCAAGUAAAGUGUUUAUUUAUGUUGUUGCCUUCUGUAAAUCGUGGUAAAUAUGUCAGAUAGCAACAGAAAAGAAAUUAACUUAUGUCAAACCUUUAUUAUUUUAAUAAUUAAUCUUGCUUUUUUUAACCAUAAACAUUCUGAACAGUGAAAUAGUAAUAAAUGUGCGUUUUCAGUCAGAUAAUUCAACUUUUAAUGCAAAAUAGCCCUGUUUUUGCUUUGAAAUAAGAUUAUUUUGCUUACACCGUUGCCAGAUUUGCUUGUUUUAAAGAAAAACACUUCAUUUGGACUCCUCAUUUCUGAAAACAAGACAAUAUUUAAUCUUGCUUUUUUUUUUUUAACCAUAAACAUUCUGAACGGUGAUUUUUAUUAUUUUUCUGUUCACAAACUUAAAUUUACAACAGUGUAUUUGUUAAUGCACUAAAAAACAUAUUUAAUGCAAGUAAAGUGUUUAUUUAUGUUGUUGCCUUCUGUAAAUCGUGGUAAAUAUGUCAGAUAGCAACAGAAAAGAAAUUAACUUAUGUCAAACCUUUAUUAUUUUAAUAAUUAAUCUUGCUUUUUUUAACCAUAAACAUUCUGAACAGUGAAAUAGUAAUAAAUGUGCGUUUUCAGUCAGAUAAUUCAACUUUUAAUGCAAAAUAGCCCUGUUUUUGCUUUGAAAUAAGAUUAUUUUGCUUACACCGUUGCCAGAUUUGCUUGUUUUAAAGAAAAACACUUCAUUUGGACUCCUCAUUUCUGAAAACAAGACAAUAUUUAAUUGUGUUUUUUUAAAGAAUAAACGUUCACAUUUAUUAUUUUUCUGUUCACAUCAACUUAAAUCUACAACAGCGAAUUUAAUACACAGAAAUCAUAUUGAAUCCAAGUGUCUUUAUUUAUGUUGUUGCCUUCUGUAAAUCGUGGUAAAUAUGCCAGGAAGCUAUAGAAAAGAAACUGAAAUGAAAACUAAUGUCAAACCUUUAUUAUUUUAAUAUAUAACCUCGCUUUUCUGAACCGUAAACAUUGUAAAAGAGGAUUUUUAUUUUUGUUUCUGUUCAAAUAAACGUAAAUUUACAACAGUGUAUUUCUCAAUACACUAAAAACCUAUUUAAUGCACGUAAAGUGUCUGUUUUUAUUGGCGCCUUCUGUAAAUCAUGAUAAAUAUGUCAGAUAGCAACAGAAAAGAAAAUAACUGGGCACAUUUUAAUGUCAAACCUUUAUUAUUUUAAUAUUAAGUCUUUUUUUUUUCAUCCAUAAACAUUCUGAUAGGAGAAAUAGUUAAACAGUGCAUUAUAUUCAGUCUGAUAAUUCAACUUUUAAUGCAAAAUAGUCCCGUUUUAGCUUUGAAAUAAGAUUAUUUUGCUCACCCCGUUGCCAGAUUUGCUUCUUUUAAAGAAAAUUCACCUCAUUUGGACUCCUCAGAUUUCUGAAAGCAAGUCAAUAUUUUGUACUAUUCCACAAAAUGCUUCUUGAUUUAAGAGUUUUUAGAUAAUUGUACAAAAAAAAACUAAGUAAGACCAGCAUUUUUGUUUGUUGAUUCCUCCAUUGGCUGUGCUUGGGAUGGUCACACACCCAUACAUGCACUGUUAAUUGGUCACCUUCUGUCCCACUGUUUAAUAUGAAGCCAUACACCAAUCCCUUUCCAUCUAUUAGAUUGUUUAACGAGUGCUUGUUGAUCUUUCAGAUGCUUAUGAUAGAAGAGGGUCUUCAUCUGGACGCCAGAAGUGAUAUUGUAGUUUUGCUUAAUAUUGUUCAAGAUUCAGUGUUCAGAAACAUUAUUCCUAAUGUGCAAAUGGAAGCGAUAAGUUAUUUAUAUCUAUUGUUUUGACAGCUGAGUGUGUUUAAUUGUCUUAAUGUUGUCUUCAGUGUAUUGUUUAUUUUGUGUGUCUCCCUUUACAUAUUAUAGCUACUGGAAGACUGUAGGACGUGAGUUUGUGUUUGUGCGCACACACACAAUCACAGAAAGUGGGCCAGAAUAAAUAAGUUAAUGCA